GACGCGCCGGGGGCUGCGGGAGGGAACUCAGGCCGCCCCUGCCGCUGUCGCCGCUACUGCCGGUACCGCGACCCCUUCGCCCAUCCGAAGUCGCCUCAUCCCUGCUGCCCGCGCCUUUGCGUAGGGCGUGCACAUGGCGACCCAGGCUCACUCCCUCAGCUACUCAGGCUGCAACUUCUUGCGCCAGCGUCUGGUCCUGUCCACUCUGAGCGGGCGCCCAGUCAAAAUCCGAAAGAUUCGGGCCAGAGACGACAACCCCGGCCUCCGAGAUUUUGAAGCCAGCUUCAUAAGACUGUUGGACAAAGUAACUAAUGGUUCUCGAAUUGAAAUAAACCAAACAGGAACGACCUUAUAUUACCAGCCUGGCCUCUUGUAUGGUGGGUCCCUGGAGCAUGACUGCAGCGUUCUUCGCGGCAUUGGGUAUUACCUGGAAAGCCUGCUCUGCCUGGCCCCAUUUAUGAAGCACCCGCUGAGAAUAGUUCUGCGAGGAGUGACCAAUGACCAGGUUGACCCUUCGGUUGAUGUUCUGAAGGCAACAGCACUCCCUCUACUGAAACAGUUUGGGAUUGAUGGUGAAUCUUUUGAGUUAAAGGUUGUACGACGGGGAAUGCCUCCUGGAGGAGGAGGUGAAGUGUUUUUUUCAUGUCCUGUGAGGAAGAUCCUGAAGCCUAUUCAACUCAUAGAUCCAGGAAAGAUCAAACGUAUCAGAGGAAUGGCGUAUUCAGUACGUGUAUCACCUCAGAUGGCAAACCGGAUUGUGGAUUCUGCAAGGAGCAUCCUCAACAAGUUUUUACCCGAUAUCUAUAUUUACACAGACCACAUGAAAGGCAUCAACUCUGGGAAGUCUCCAGGCUUUGGGCUGUCCCUGGUUGCCGAGACCACCAAUGGCACUUUUCUCAGUGCUGAGCUGGCUUCCAACCCCCAGGGCCAGGGCGCAGCGAUGCUGCCCGAAGAUCUCGGCAGGAACUGCGCCAGGCUGCUGCUCGAAGAGAUCUACCGGGGUGGAUGCGUGGACUCGACCAACCAGAGCCUGGCUCUAUUACUCAUGACCCUUGGACAGCAGGAUGUUUCCAAAGUCCUGCUCGGACCACUCUCUCCCUACACGAUAGAAUUUUUGCGGCAUUUGAAGAGCUUUUUCCAGAUUAUGUUUAAAAUCGAAACCAAACCAUGUGGUGAAGAACUCAAGGGAGGGGAUAAAGUGCUGAUGACUUGUGUUGGCAUUGGCUUCUCCAACCUUAGCAAGACCCUCAAGUGACAUUGUCAGAAGAUGAAAGGCCCAAAGGCUUCUAGACAACGCAGAAGCUGUCAAGGAACCAAAGGGACCAGAUUCAUCCAGGACUUUCCAGCUUCCCAUUUGAAAAGAAUCAGGAUAUCCAAACAAAGGACGUCUCUCUACCUUGUGGUUUUUAGCCAUUUCUCCAGGGCAGACAUUCCUCGGGAGGCCCAGUCACAGCGGGAGCUCCCUCGGCUUACCUGGAUGAAGGGUGUGCCUUCGGGACCCAAUUGGACUGCUACAGCAUCACAGCUGAGUUUUAGCACUGCUUCCUGGCCCCACAUCCCUGGGCUUCCGCCGUAUGGCUAUUUUCCAGACCUUUGGAGUUUGUUACAGCUCCUUCUGCAAGGACUGACCCCCCUGAAUCUUGGUUUCUGUGUAAGGAUUAAAUGAGAUACUAUGAGUGGUAACCCUUUAUGAAUAAUGCCAUGUAAUGCAAAUGUCAGAAAUUGGUGUGUUAGAACUUUUUAUCCCUUGUCUUCUGAAUGGACUACUAUCUUGGAGAUACACUGCUCCCCAUCUGGUUCAUUGUAUGUGGAUUUUAGGGGAAUGAAUGACUAGGGAGUGCAAGGAUCCAACUAAAGUUAUUGAAAAUUUUCCAUAUCUCGGGUGUGCUAUGCAUGUUCUCAUUUAAUUCUCCCAAUAGCCCAGUGAUGUGGAUUUGAUUAUCCCCACAAGAGAAAUUCAAAAAGGAUAUUUUGUUCCUUUUGAAAUUUGAUAAUAUAGAGAUAUUAGCUCUCUUGAUUUCAAGAUCUAAGUAUCAGAGUCUGGAGUUUUAUGCUACUUGCAAGCUAGUAAGUUAGAUUAUUACUGUUUCACGGAUGCUAGCAGAAAACAUGGAAAUCUCAUGUCGUAGACAAAAAGCUUUGUUACUCAGAGCACAGGAAGCAGCAUGAGCUUCACUGGUUUCUCUCUCCAAUUCCCACAAGAUGUGGAGAGUCUGCAGGUAUGCCAUGCACACCAGUGGUUUGCAUCACAGGCAAGGAGCAUGCACAUGUGGGAACUCCACCUCUUACAAGCCUGCUCUUUGUUCCAGAUAGGGACAUUACUUCACCUCUCAAGACUGCUUGCUGUGAACACGUGAUAGGAAAGGACUAGGAUAAAAGCCUCCCCAGCAGGAACACUCAGGACUUGUGGCGAUUGUACCUGCUGCUAGUAGAAGCUACAAGUGGUGUGUAUAGGGGGUUCAGAGUUAUUGGUGGUAG